UUUUGGGAUCUAGAUAUCUUGAGUUAUGUUCUUAUUACUGUUAGUUUAGUCUAGUUCAGUCUUAAAAGUCUCAUUUUAGAAUUCUGUUGUUUAAGUUACUGGAGCAAACUUCAAAGUGACUUGCUUUUUGUUGUUGUCGUCGUCGUCGUUUCUGUGUUUUUGUUUUGUUUUGUCUGUUUCGUACUUUCAUUGUGUCAUUUGACUUGUCUUUUUCUCUUUCUUUCUCAUUUUUCGGUUAAAGUUUCACAUUUUUACUGUACUCCAUUUUCUUGGAUUCCAAAGGGUUCCAUCUUUAUAAAACCCAGAGAUUGUUUUCAUUAAUUCUUGAUUGAUUACGGUUCAAGCUUACAUUUUUACAAAACCCCAUGUUAUAGGAUUCACCAAAAUUGCCAUCAUUGAAAACCCAGAAGUGUUUUUGGAUUAGUGAUUCUGGGUUUUGCUUGUUUCUGUGACUUCUUGAUUGGAUCAUUAAUGGGUCAGUCAAGUUUCAUUGUUUUUUCCUUUGUGCUUUUGUUUUGCUGUACUCUUUUUUAUUCUUCUUUUGGAGAUCAAAAUUUGGAUAAAAUCACUGAGUUACCUGGACAGCCAAAGAAUGUUGAGUUUAAUCAGUAUUCAGGAUACGUGACUGUAAAUGAACAAGCUGGAAGGGCAUUAUUUUACUGGUUGAUUGAGUCACCAGUGAAUCGUAGACCUGAGACAAGACCACUUGUUCUCUGGCUCAAUGGCGGACCUGGUUGCUCUUCUGUUGCCUAUGGAGCAGCUGAAGAGAUAGGUCCUUUUCGUAUUAGGCCUGAUGGAAAGACUCUUUACUUGAAUCCUUAUUCUUGGAACAACUUGGCAAAUUUGCUAUUCCUUGAAUCUCCAGCUGGUGUUGGUUUUUCAUACACAAACACGACAUCAGAUUUAUACACUGCUGGUGACAGGAGAACUGCUGAAGAUGCAUAUGCUUUUUUGGUUAAUUGGCUCGAAAGGUUUCCACAGUACAAGCAUAGAGAUUUCUAUAUUGCUGGAGAAAGUUAUGCAGGUCAUUAUGUUCCUCAGUUGUCUCAAAUUGUUUAUGAAAGAAACAAAGGGGUUCAGAAUCCUGUUAUCAAUUUCAAGGGAUUUUUGGUUGGAAAUGCCGUUACUGAUGACUACCAUGAUUAUGUUGGCACAUUCGAGUACUGGUGGACUCAUGGUUUGAUAUCCGAUUCCACCUAUAGAAGAUUGCGAGUUUCCUGUGACUUGGGAUCCUCUGCACAUCCAUCCUUGCAGUGCAUGAUUGCUCUCAGAGUUGCUGAAGUGGAACAAGGAAAUAUUGAUCCAUAUAGCAUCUUCACACAACCUUGCAAGGAUAUUGCAACUUUAAGACGCAAUAUGAGUGGUCAUUAUCCAUGGAUGUCAAGAGCUUAUGAUCCAUGCACUGAGAGGUAUUCUAAAGUGUACUUUAAUCUCCCAGAAGUCCAGAAGGCACUUCAUGCAAAUGUAACUGGUAUUUCUUAUCCAUGGCAAACAUGCAGUAAUAUCGUUGGAAAUUACUGGGCGGAUUCUCCUCUCUCUGUGCUUCCUAUAUACAAAGAACUAAUUGCUGCUGGUCUUAGGGUAUGGGUUUACAGUGGAGACACUGAUGCAGUAGUUCCUGUGACUGCAACUCGAUACUCCAUUGAUGCCUUGAAGCUACCUACUGUUACCAAUUGGUACCCUUGGUAUGACAACGGGAAGGUUGGUGGGUGGAGCCAAGCAUACAAAGGGCUGACAUUUGUGACAGUAACCGGAGCAGGUCAUGAGGUACCACUCCAUCGCCCCCGGCAAUCAUUCAUACUUUUCAGAUCAUUCUUGGAGAACAAGCCAAUGCCAAGUUAAAAAGAAAAAAAUCUGGUAAUACUAUUCAUUCCCCUUGAUGAAUAAGCGAAAGAAUUACAGAUUUGUUCAUAUACCGGGCCACAAAAAGAAGUCGUAAAAAGAGAAAGCAUUCUUCUUGAGUGCCCUUCCAUUUUUGCAUACUCUGCUUCUUUUCCUGGAAAGGAAAAGCAGAGAGAUUUGGUGUUUGAAUUAGAAUAAACUUUGCCAAAGUGUAGAAUAUUUGUAUGAAAUCUAUUCUUUAUAGGACUUCAAUAAUUGAAACUGCAAAUGUUGUCUAAAGCAAGUUCUGAUUGCCUGGUAUCGUAGAACUGUAAUUUUUUUGAAUGAAAUAUAUUCUUUAUUG